AUGGCUCGCCAUAUUCCCAACCUACCCCUGUGCGGCUGCUUCGUCGUCCACGCCGAGCGGCGACAAUGGCUUCCCCUCAUCAACCUCGACGCUCACGCCACCAUUCUCGCCUCCACCUCCCGCACCACUCUCACGCAGACAUUCACCAACGACAGCCCCGCCAAGCUCGACACCGUCCGCUAUGAUUUUCCCCUCUAUGACGGCGUCUCCGUCGUCGCCUUCAAGUGCACCGUCGAUGACCGCGUCAUCAACGGCGUCGUGCGGGAGCGUGAGGCCGCCAAGAAGACGUUUGACCAUGCCGUCGCCAGCGGGGAGACCGCUGCGUUGCUCGAGCAGAACCUGCGGGCUUCCGACGUCUUCACCACCACUCUCGGCAAUGUUCCGGCCGCCGAAAAGGUCAAGGUCGAGAUCACCUAUCUCGGCGAGCUGGAGCACGACGCCGAGGUCGACGGUCUGCGCUUCACCAUCCCCACCAGCAUCGCGCCGAGGUACGACGGUGGCGGCACCGUCCGAGGCCACCACAGCAACGAUGCCGUCGGCGACGGAACCAUCUCCAUCGUUGUCGACGCCGAAAUGGCCGAGGGCUGUUCCAUCUCCAACAUACAAUCCCCGUCACACCCCAUCUCCGUCGACAUCGGCAAGACAUCCGCCUCGGCAUCCUCCAACGAGCCCGCCUCCCUCCGGAGGGCAUCCGCGAGGCUCUCUCUCGGCACCGCAGUCCUGGACAAGGACUUUGUCGUCUACGUCGUCGCUGAUGGCCUCGCCAACCCGACAGUCUUCCUCGAAACCCAUUCAAACCUCCCCAACCAACGCGCCCUCAUGGCCACGCUCGUGCCCAGGUUCAACCUCCCCAACGACAAGCCCGAGAUCGUCUUCAUCUGCGAUCGCAGCGGGAGCAUGGGCGUCGGCGACAAGAUGCCCAAUCUCGUUGCCGCCCUCCAAAUCUUCCUCAAAUCGCUCCCUGUGGCCUCGCGAUUCAACGUCUGCAGCUUCGGCUCUCACUUCAAGUUCCUUUGGGACAGGUCCAAACACUACGACCAGGAAUCCCUCGACCACGCCGUCGCCCACCUCGAGUCGUUUUCCGCCGACUUUGGCGGUACCGAAAUGUACGAGCCCCUCAAGGAGGCCUUUGCUCGACGAUUCACCGAUAUGAACCUCGAGGUCUUCCUCCUCACAGACGGCGAAAUUUGGCAGCAAGAUGAGCUCUUUGAACUCGUCAACGACAACGUCUCCAAAUCCAAAGGCGCUAUUCGAGUCUUCUCCCUCGGCAUCGGGGAGGACGCAAGCUCCGCCCUCAUCCAUGGCGUCGCCCGCGCAGGCAACGGCUUUGCCCAAAUGGUUGCCACCAAUGAAAAGAUGAACAAGAAAGUCAUCCGCAUGCUCAAGGGCGCCCUCACCCCUCAUGUCACCAACUACGCCCUCGAGAUCAAGUAUGAACAGGGCGACGCGCCGGCUGACGAAGACUUUGUCGUUGUCGAAAAGGCCAUGCACACCCUAUCCGUCCAUCUCGACGGCUGCUCGAGCGGCGACGAAGAGACGAAUAAGGGAAAUGGUGCAAAGGAACCAAUAUCGCUCUUCGACCCAACCAUCGAAAACAAGGACCUGGAAAUUUCCGACGCAAGCACGGGCAUUGGUGACAAGUUCAACAAUCUUCCAUUCAUCUCGCCACCCUCCUACCUUCAAACGCCUUUCGAAAUACCUGCGCUCUUCCCGUUCAAUCGCACCACCGUCUACGUCAUGCUCUCCGACGCUACGCCUCACAGGGAGCCCAAGUCCAUCGUCCUCACCGGAACCUCUACGCACGGGCCACUGCGGCUAGAGAUUCCCGUGACGAAGCUUGCGCGCGAGGGGACGACGAUCCACCGUCUCGCCGCUCGCAAGGCGAUCCAGGAGCUUGAGGAGGGGCGCGGCUGGAUCGUCCACGCGACCGACGGCAAAGGCAACCUCUUGAAAACCAAGCAUGAAGGCCAAUUCGAGAGAAUGGUCCAGCGAGAAGCGGUAAGACUGGGCGUCGAGUACCAGGUCAGCGGCAAGUGGUGCUCAUUUGUUGCCGUCCAAGAAAAGAGCAUGCCUGGUGAAAGGGCAGAGGAGAAGAUGGUGCUCGGAGAGUUUGAGGUUCUUGGUCCCGAACAGCCAACGCCCAGAGGCCAUGUACAGCUGAUGUGUAAGGCUGCCGCCCCCAUGGCGCAAUUGGUGGGAAGAGGAGGACCCAUGUUGGCUCAAAGGCAAGCUCCGAUGGCUGCCCAGAUGGCUCUUCCGAUGCAGGAUGCUAUGAUGGCUGCUCCCAUGGGUGGUCCUAUGCCGGCUCCCAUGGGUGGUCCUAUGCCAGCUCCCAUGGCCACUCUGAUAUCACCUCCAGCACCUGCCAAAAGCUUCGGGGGUGCCUCUUGGUCGAUUCCAUCCUUUCGAGCAGCAAAGGCAGCCAUAAGUCGCUUUGGUGCUCCAGGAUCAUCCGAGGGUGCUUUGCGCAAGAGAGCACCGAGCGAAACGGCUUCCUAUUCAGCUGCUUCGCCUGGGGCUGCGGGGGGUGGUGGUCAUGCGUGUGGUGGCCAUGCGGGCGCCAACCCUCUCUCGGAACUGGCCUCCCUCCAGACUUUCAUCGGCAGCUGGGAAUGGAAUGCCGCGCUCGAAAAGGUGCUGAACGUGACGGAGAAGCAGACUUCCGCCAUCGUGUUGCCCUUGACGGGGGGCAACAGGAACGACAUUCUCGCCACCAUAUGCGCUGUGCUCUACCUGAAAAGGAAGCUGGCCAGUGAAAGAGAUGCUUGGGAGUUGAUGGUCGACAAGGCGGAGGGCUGGCUGGAAGAGCAGACGGGGAAGAGUGCGGAUGUGCUGGUGAAGAUUGUACUGGAUGCUGGCAUUCUUUCAUAG